AUGCGACCCCUGCUCGCCGUCGCCGCGCUGGCAUCGAACGCAGUAGCACUGGCACCGUACGCCAAGCAGAUCAAACUCGCACAGCCAGAGCUGCAGUCGUGGCUCGCGCGCGACGUCGGCCGCCGCCGCCAGGAGCUGCAAGCGCUGGCGUGGCUUGGCCGCGCGCACCGCGUGCUCCCGAAUCUGUUCGACAAAGUGUUCACGAUCGACCGCUACGCCAACGCGCCGUGGUACGCGUGCGACGACGGCAGGACUUAUGGCACGCUCAAGACGGGCACGGCAGUCGUCGCCCGCGGCGUGCCCGUGUCCUUCUCGCUCUCGGGCGACGGCGCGAAGAUGACGGUCUCGGGGCUGGGCUGCGACAUCCUGCCGCGCAUACCGGCGAACGCGUCAGUAAUGGAAGAACGCGAUGCGGAGCGCCUCUGCCAGCAGCUGGUCGCGUCGAAGCGCAUAUUGAUUGACGCCAUCGAAACGGCGGUCUUCGACGUCCUCGAGCCCGCGCUCGCGGGAGGGCCGACGUUCGAGGCGACGGGAGAUGUGGUGGAGUUCACGCCACGACGCGACCUCUUCGCCCGCGAGGGAAGUAGCGAGAAGUGGCUCCAGUGCGUCUCUGAGUACUACUUCGCGGCGGCGUCGCUGCAGGAGGUUGUAGCUGUUGGUAGCGACGUGCGGUUUGUGUUCUACUACGACGCGACCGAACCGCUGAAUUCCGAGGAUCUGCGAAGAAACGUCAAUCCCGAGAUCAUCUGCUGUCGCCUGCCGGAGGCCGACGGCGCGGCGCGGGCGUCACUCUCCUGCGUGUUUGUAGUGCUGCUGGUGCUGCUGGUGCUGCUCGAGCCCUCGAGCGCGACGCGAUCCACACGUCGAGCACCAGUCGCAAGACGAGGCCGCCUCCUCGUCUUCGCGUCGAUUCUCGCUUCCAGCAGCGCGCUUAAACCACUAACGACGCCGCCGCGCCUCGUCAUCCUCGCCGGCCUCCCGGGCAGCGGCAAGAGCAGUCUCGCCGCGGCGCUGGAAAAAAGAGGCUGGGCCGUCGUGAACCAGGAUUCCCUCGGAAAUCGGAGGAAAUGCGAGCGGGCCUGCGCGCGCGCGUUCGAGCGCGGCGACCGCGUCGUUAUUGAUAGAUGCAACCACGACCGGGCGCAGCGGGCGCACUGGACGCGGAUUCUGGAAAGGGCGGGCGGCGGUUACAAAGUUGCGGUCUGGCUGACGACGCCCGUCGAUUCUUGUGUGGAGCGCGUCCUCGCACGGCCCGCGCACCCGACGCUGGCCGGGCCCGGCGCCGAGAAGGUCGUGCGGAAUUUUGAAAAAAGCUUCGACCCGCCCGGUGAGGACGAGGUCGACGCGAUCAUCAAACUCGCGCCAACGGACGACUACGACGCCGUCGCCGCGGCGCUCGACCCGUGUAUGUGAUACUAGUAACCCAGC